GAUUCUGCGCUGUCUGCUAAAGUACCGGGCGGGAUUUCCGCAAUACAUUCAGUAUGGCGAAGACUUACGAUUAUUUGUUUAAACUGCUGUUAAUCGGGGAUUCCGGUGUCGGGAAGACCUGUGUGCUGUUCAGAUUCUCGGAGGAUGCCUUUAACUCGACGUUUAUUUCGACAAUAGGUAUCGAUUUCAAGAUCAGGACAAUAGAACUAGAUGGCAAGAAGAUAAAGUUACAGAUAUGGGACACGGCAGGACAGGAACGAUUCCGAACGAUCACAACGGCAUAUUACAGAGGAGCAAUGGGUAUCAUGCUGGUUUAUGAUAUAACCAAUGAGAAAUCAUUUGACAACAUCAAAAACUGGAUCCGAAACAUAGAGGAGCAUGCAUCAGCAGAUGUAGAAAAAAUGAUUUUGGGGAACAAAUGUGACAUUAAUGAGAAGAGGCAGGUGUCUAAAGACAGAGGCGAGAAGCUGGCGUUAGAGUACGGCAUCAAGUUCAUGGAGACGAGUGCAAAGGCUAAUAUCAACGUUGAGAACGCAUUCUUAACGCUCGCCAGAGACAUAAAAUCAAAGAUGGACACGAAAUUGGAGGGCAACAAUCCUCAGGGCAGCAACCACGGCGUGAAGAUCACCCCUGAACAGCAGAAAAAGAGCAGCUUCUUUCGCUGUGUGCUACUGUGAAGACCAAGGCCUUACUGUCCGCCACCAUCGGGCUGGACAUGACUGGACUAUUCCUCCUCUUAGCACUCCUCCUCCUUCCUCUUUAUCCCAUCUCUCAUUCUCUGUCACGCUCUUCUUCCAGUUGAGUUCCUGGCUCCUCUUAUCUUCUUCCAUUGACAGAUUAGCGAUGCCUCUUAUGACCCUUCCCUGGCGAAACCCUGGUGGGAAAGCAUUGGUUUCUACAAGUCAAGGUGAAGAGCUGGUUGCUAAUGCAUCGC